AUGUGGAGGGUGAAGGCAAAAGUAGUCCCAGUGGUAAUCGCAGCACUCGGUACAGUGACCCUCAAGCUGGCAAAGCCAGGAGUGUGUCCUGUCAGGUACUACAUACGUGCAGAUUGUACCGAAUCUUGCUCUAAAGACAGUGACUGCCACGAUAAUGAGAAGUGCUGCUCCAACGGAUGUGGACAUGAGUGCAUGGCUCCAUUUCUCCUCAUAGUGAAGCCAGGAGUGUGUCCUCUCAGGCAUCCCCCAACCUUUGGACCAUGUGUAGAAUUUUGCUCUAAAGACAGUGACUGCACUGAUAAAAAGAAGUGCUGCUCCAAUGGAUGUGGACAUGAAUGCAUGGCACCUUACAUAGUGAAGCCGGGAGUGUGUCCUCUCAGACUGUUGGAUGACAGAAGGUGUGCUGAAUCUUGCUCUAAUGACAUUGACUGCCCCGAUAAUGAGAAGUGCUGCUUCAGUGAAAGUGGUCGUCAUUGCAUAGAGCCUUACAUGGGUGAGAUAUGA